ACUGUGACAGACCUUAAGAAACUUCACUCCUCUGACCGGUGCUCUGUGUUAAAUUUGGAUAUACGACUAUUCGACUAACUUUUUAUUCAGGACACCUUAGAUUGUUUUUUUUUUUUUUUAAAAAAAAAAGAAACAACACUUGUCAAUAACAUGGGAAAAGAAAAUAUCUUUUUUUUGAAUGUUUGGAUAAUUUUUGGAAACAUCUUUGCAACUUUUUCUUCUGACCCUGAAGUCACCACUGCUGUGUUUGUAAACAGCACCACAGAUCCCCUGCCGACCACUCCUGAAUGGAUCACAGACUACACUGACAUUGUGUCCAAGUUCUCCGCGCGCUCGCAGGACAUCCCAGAUGAAGACAUGUGCCACAUUGUGGCCGGCAGGCCUGAAACCAUCACAGAGUGUGAAUUCAACCCAGAAACCCAGACCUUCAUUGUGAUACAUGGCUGGACGGUAACAGGGAUGUUUGAGAGCUGGGUGCCCAAGCUGGUGUCUGCCCUCUUCGACCGGGAGCCCAGUGCCAAUGUGAUCGUGGUGGACUGGCUGACCCGCGCCAAUCAGCACUACCCAACCUCUGCAGCCUACACCAAGCUAGUGGGCCGUGAUGUUGCCAAGUUUGUUACUUGGCUCCAAAAAGAGCUGCAGUUGCCCUGGGAGAAGAUUCAUCUGCUGGGUUACAGUCUGGGAGCACAUGUGGCUGGAAUCGCCGGAGACCUCACCGACCAUAAAAUCAGCAGGAUCACUGGUCUGGAUCCUGCUGGCCCCACCUUCGAGCACGCAGACAAUCAGAACACCCUGUCCCGAGACGAUGCCCAGUUUGUGGACGUCCUGCACACUAACACCAGGGGCUCCCCAGACCGCAGCAUUGGCAUCCAGAGGCCUGUGGGCCACAUUGACAUUUACCCCAAUGGAGGCACCUUCCAGCCAGGCUGCGACAUCCAGAACACCCUGUUGGGAAUUGCACUGGAAGGGAUCAAGGGCCUCCAAAAUAUGGACCAGCUGGUCAAGUGUUCCCACGAGCGCUCCAUCCACCUUUUCAUCGACUCUCUGCUGAACAUCCAGCAGCAGAGCAUGGCCUACCGCUGCAACUCCAAAGAGGCCUUCAACAAGGGCUUGUGCCUCAGUUGCCGAAAGAACCGCUGCAAUAAGCUCGGCUACAACGUCAACAAGGUCCGCACGACCCGCAGUGCCAAGAUGUACCUCAAGACACGUGAUAUGAUGCCAUACAAAGUUUUCCACUACCAAGUGAAGGUGCAUUUCUUCAGUAAGGACCAGCUGAGCUUCACAGAGCAGCCGGUCAAGAUUUCUCUGUAUGGAACCCACGGAGAGAAGGAGGAUCUUCCCCAUGUCCUGCCAGUCAUGAACGGUAACUCCACUUUGUCCUUCCUCAUCACCACGGACGUGGACAUUGGAGACCUGAUGAUCGUGAAGAUGCGCUGGGAGAAGGAUGCGAUCAUCAGCUGGUCAGACUGGUGGGGCGCCAGCAAGUUCCACAUCCGAAAACUGCGCAUCAAAUCCGGCGAGACCCAGUCCAAGGUGAUCUUCAGUGCGAAGGAAGGGGAGUUUGCCUAUCUCGUCAGAGGAGGAGAAGAUGCAGUCUUUGUCAAGUCAAAAGAAGACAACAUGAGUCGUAAAGAGAAACUGAUGCACAAGCUGAAAAUGCAGGGCAGUCUUUUUGGGCAGAACAACGCUUGAAGUUGCACUUGAACACAACCUGCAUCAUGCACAUCAUCCAUCUCUACAUACAUAGCCAAAGAUGGACGGCGCAACACUGGGAAAGCCUUUGCAAGUAACUGAACACAUACUGAAUGAUGCGUUUUUUGUCUGAUUCUUCCUGUUUUGCCUUUUGACUUCAACACCCAGUGCAACCAACACAACCUCAUCACAGUGCUGGAGAUCAGUCCGCUCAUCAGCUCUCCCAUCGCUAUUUUCUACUGCUGAAAAAUGUUACAGGUUUCUUUGUAAUGAUGUGCUCACAUUUCACAAUUUUACACUUUGAGUAGCUUUUGCUGCAUAUCUUUGUAAUCAUUUGUUUAUGCUUUUGUAUUCCAUAUGUACUGUUUAUACUGAUUUUGAUGUAUUUGGUGUGUUUCCUUUGCCUAUGUGAACUUGGAUUAUUGUUUAUGCAUAAAUGAUUCGGAGUGACAGGCAUAAUGUAGGCACAUCUUUUUGUUUUUUGUAGUUUUUUUUUUUCAAUGCGCAAAAUGAUCUUUUUGUCCCUAAUGUUUGUCUGUACCUAACCACUAAUUGCCAACAAUCGACAGGGACCAAAGAAGUAUUGACUAUCUACUGAACGGAGAAUUACAGUGGUCUUUGUAAAUAGCUUUUUUAAUCACUACUAUAUAUAUUUUUUGAAUAUGAGUUACAUGUUAAUAUCUGAUCUCUUGAAGCCUUGCUUGUUCUUUGAUUGCGUUUUGGUUAUUGUGUCACUGGUCACUUUAAAAGGCUCUUUGUCCCCUCAGCCAUUUUAAUGUUAUGGUCACUGAGAUUGCAGGCUAGCAGGUAUAUGCAUUUUUUGGUUUUGUUCUGAGGUCACUUCUUAACUGUUCCUCUAAUGGUUAAAUGCCCCUUAAAUACUUCAUGAAUGGGUUAGGGAAACACUUUACCUCAAGCUCAGUCUACAAUAUGCCAUUAUUUUGAAAGGUCAAACAUCACAAAAUUGCCAAUAAAUAUGCAAGCCGUUGUAAUUUGUGAUGGACUGGCCUACAUGAUAGCCAUAAUACAUCUCAAAAAUACGUCAUAUUGUAUUUAUUGAAUGUACAUUUAUAUAUUUGUAUAUUAAGCUGUAAUAUAUUUUGGCAGGCUCCCAUUGUCGUCUGUAUUUUUAUAAAUGAAGCAUUUUGUGAUUUAUGCACAAGGCUUGGGAAUGAUUUAUCAAAUUGGUCUCCAUGCCAGCUGUUGAGUGCAUUUACUUUUAUGAACUGAAAUGCAGUGCACUGUAUAAAGAGAGAGCCCAGGAUGGUUUAAUAAAGAUAUAAACUACA